GAUCACAAGACAGGUGCUCUGGACGACGCACGUUCCCGUAACUCAUACUGGGUAGACACAAGAUAGGAAGAGACACCGAGCUGAACCAACGCCCGUAGAUAGCCAUUUCAGCAACGCGUUUGAUGCGGUUUUGUCUUCUUCUUUUUCCUUAUCUGUGCUUUCCUUUCUCAACAUAAAGGAUGCUGAAAGGAUGCUGGUCUUUGAGCCAUCUGACGACUUGUGUGGAAUUUUCCUAGUGGGCAUCUUCUGAAGAUAAGCACUCCUCAUUGUUCAGCACCAUGGACGGAGACAUCCGGGCUGCCUUGCCAAUCCUCGCUGCUUUACUUUCCAUUCACACCAGGACUUCCGAACAAUACCAGGCUGAGAAUAACAACAGAACAAACUACAUCAGAUACAUGCCAACAGUACCGCCCUUUCCGGGAGCUAAUCGCACAAUGGGUUACAACCCGACCAUGGGGCCAUCGUCACUACAGAACAGUAUGGAAGAGCCAAUGUUUGUCCUGCCGGAAGGCUAUUUCUAUUGGUUGAGGCCUAACUGGGAAGGUCCUCCAGUUGAAGUCGUGUGCAGUAUUUACAUCGACAGUUUAGGGGCCUUUUCGGAGAAAACUAUGGACUUUGAUUUGAGCCUGAUACUGGGGUGCCAGUGGCGAGAUGGGCGGUUAGCUAACAUCACGUCCGAACACGUGGCGAUACCGGAGGGGAUGGAGAUCUGGAAGCCCUCCAUAGAUGUCGUAGCGAAAGAGAGCACACCUUACACCUCUGCUCUCAGUGUGUCACGUGAAGGAAAUGUGCUUAUGAUGCAAUGGUUCACGAUAAAAGCAACGUGCUUGAUGCAGCUUCACGCCUAUCCAUUGGACCAUCAAAAGUGCAGCCUGCUCAUUCAAAAUCGUGGAGGAGUGAAGAUUGUUUGGGGCUGGGAGACCUUCUGGUUUCCAGGUGACACGCCCAUAGUAACGCGUACAUCCGGGUUACACUCUCAGCUCUCUCUGGAAACGGUAGAAUCAUUCGCCUACGUCAAUUCAUUACUUUAUCCGGAACUGAUCUGUGUUUACCAGGGGGUCACCUGUGAUUAUCGGGAGUCAGAAAAUUGUCUUCGAGCACAGUGUACCAGUGUAGAAAAGAUUACCACGGAACAGUGUCGGACUUGUAACUAUUUCGGCGGGGAGUGCAAGAACGGCACAGACGAGUUAGCUGUCAGAAAACCUGAAGAUUGUGUCUUCGGUCUCCUCAUGGUGUCAGAAGGUGACCUGGUGUUCACCACGGCGGAGCUAAGGUUUAGCUUGAGGCGGCGUCUGUCGUACCACAUGCUGCAGAUCUACAUCCCGUCCAUCAGUAUCGUGGCCAUGUCAUGGGUUUCCUUCUGGAUCAACAUCGAGUCUUCACCGGCCAGAACUGCGCUUGGGGUCACCACAGUUCUCACCAUGAUCACACAGAGCGGCAGGCCGAUUCCAAUGCCUGAGGUGUCGUAUGUGCGUGCCGUAGACGUAUGGUUAUUAGUUUGCCAACUCUUCGUCUUCUUGGCUCUGAUAGAAUACGCUGCCGUCAACUACAUAUCAAGAAGACUGAAAGAAGCCAAAGCCUUAAAACGCUACAUCAGACCACCGGCGGCGAAGAGGAACUCCAACGCCAACGCGUUUCCUACGAACUCGAACUCACACCCGGAGAACAGUGUGGACGACACAGUUCUAACUAACGCAGGUGGAAGCAAUAUAGCAGACACCAUCGACCACAUCUGUAGAUGGGGAUUCCCUCUCGCGUUUUUAUUGUUUAAUAUCAUGUACUGGGUGACAUAUAAUUAUAUCGUGCAGACAUGAUUGCCUCGGGUAAGCAAGAGAAAACGCAACUGCGAUCGUGGACCCAUGAGCACAUUUUCGUGGGCACAGCUGGAACUGUGUGAUGUGCACUUCCUCCAAAACGGACUACCGUUCAUUUCAUUCUAUGGUGCAAUGAAGUUCGACAAUCAACUUGCACCAACAGAUGUCUCGUGCUGUGAAACAAAGAAGUCUUCUAAAAGGAAACAACAUCUGUCCGCUGACACGACUGUUUUGCACCCGUGGCAACCUGACACAAAGGACGAUGCAAGGAAACUUCUUCAUUUGAUCAUUAUUCAGUUUCAUCGUCUUCUCAAAAACCUAUUAAUACAGAUAGACUUAUUGACAUUGUUUAAUGUGAUACAAGGAAAUGAAUUGAAAACUUAUGACAUUAGAUAUUAGUUUGGAAACGUCAAAAAGCACUGAUAGAUGAAAAAGACUCGAACCAUUUAGCUCCUGCUUCUAUAUGCAUGGAACUGGAAUUGGACUAUUCUGAGCACCAACGCGGCCUUGCACAGAGAUGAAUUUUGAAUCUAGAUAGUAUUUUAGAAAGCAGGUUUAUAGGACAGCAUCGUUUCAAGCGCCAGUGACAUGCGAACUUUACAACGGAAAAAUCGCACAGACAAAAGAUAAGAAAUCUUCGGAUGGAGACGACGCUUCCAUUAACGUUAUCAUUUGUCGGCAGAUUUUGGCACGUUCUGCUUCAACAACUGGAUGAUGUUGCGAAUCCAGCCUCCGCCACCGGGAGAACUCAAAGAGAACCUUGCGAUCGGGAGAAGCAAGUGUCUGUACAUACACCAAAUGCCCACAUCCUUGAGUAGGCAGCAACACUUUGCCCAUCUUAUCGGCACAGAGGAGACUUUCAAGUCUUCUCCACAAGAAAAACUCUCUGCAAGCUUGCCUGAGGGACCAAGCUGAGGCAGGCGUCACAACAAGAUACAGAGGGCGAACAGGUUUCUUUCAUUCGACUCGACUCGUCUUUAUAGUCUGAAUUACUAAACUGCAAACUACAUGAAAUGUCGGCGACAAAAAUAUCAAGGCAAUUAAUGGUUUCUCUAACAAUUUGCUUUGGUCUAGCGGGUUUAAAUGUAGCUUUUAAGGCUUGUAGCUGAUAUUCGACCCAAAUGAUCAAGACAAGCAAGCUUGGGAAGAAAGGAAGUGCAGACCUCUCAUUAUUAAUGGUGAAUGCAGAAGUUAUUCCAGAAGUCAGGAAACGCCUUCACUGUACGGACUCAUUCAGUUGGGUUGGGACAUGACCGGAAUUCUUACUGGAUGGAUAAAAAUACAUGUCUGAUGUUGACGACGCAGGUAUAUUAAUACA